AUGUUACUCUACCGCGCAGGCAUUCUGGCUCUCUUUUCGGCCGUCAUUUCAGCACUGGCUCUGCCAGCCGCCGAAUACAACAUUCUCCUCAGGGGCCGAAUGGCGGGUGGCAAUAUCGGCACCAACUAUUUGCAAGAGGUCGCUGCAGCCGACAGACUAGAAACACUGGGAGCAUAG